AUGCCAAACAAAUAUAAAAGGGCCGUAGGCUCUCGAACAUACAGGAAUUAUACAGAUGAAAUUUUAAAAACAUGUUUGAAUGAUAUAAUUAACAAAAAAAUCACCCAAAGAGAGGCUGAAAAACUGUAUAACAUACCACGGCGUACACUCAAUUAUAAGUUAAAAAAACAACAUGGCAAUCAUUGGGGUCGUCCAACUAUCUUCUCAGAAGAGGAAGAAAAAUGUUUCACAAGUCAUGUUAUAUUAAUGUGUGAUUAUGGAUUUCCUGUGGAUAAGACUGAUUUUCGAUAUAUAGUUAAGUCAUAUUUAGAUAGACUAGGAAAAAAAGUAAAUACAUUUAAAAACAAUUUACCAGGACUUUCAUGGGUUUCAAAUUUUUUAAAACGUAAUAAACCCUUAUCAUAUCGUUUGUCCACAAAUAUAAAGAGAUCUAGAGCAGCGGUAAAUGAAGAUAUUAUAAGACAGUAUAUAAAUAAUUUACAGAAGACUAUUGGUGAUGUUCUUCCGGAAAAUAUAUAUAAUUACGAUGAAACGAACCUCACUGAUAACCCUGGCCAAAAAAAGGUAAUUGUCAAAAGAGGCAGUAAGUAUCCCGAAAGGAUUUGUAAUACUUCAAAGGUGAGUAUUAGUCUUAUGAUGUGUGGUAAUGCUGCUGGGAAAUUAUUGCCUCCUUAUGUAGUUUAUAAGGCUAAAGGGCUAUGGCAACCAUGGACCGAAGGUGGGCCUACUGGAUGUCGAUACAAUGCAAGUCCUUCUGGAUGGUUUGACGCAAGUAUAUUUUGUGAUUGGUUUGAUAAAGUUUUAAUAAGGAAUUUAAAAAAAACACCUGGUAAAAAGGUUGUGAUUGGAGACAAUUUAUCAUCUCACAUAUCUCCAUAUAUAAUAGAUAAGUGUAAACAAGAAAAUAUUUACUUUAUAUGUUUACCACCGAAUAGCACACACCUGACACAACCUCUAGAUGUUGCUUUUUUCCACCCAAUGAAGGUUGCAUGGAGGAAAAUCCUUUCUGACUGGAAAACAACUCCAGAAGGAAUACAAAAUGCAACGCUUCAAAAACAGUCCUUUCCAAAACUACUAAAAAAGUUAUUAGAUGUAUUAAAACUUAAUAUGGAGUCGACAUUAAAAAAUGGAUUCAGAAAGUGUGGAAUUUUCCCAUGUAAUGCAGAUGAAUUAUUGGCUAGACUCCCACAAGCUAUAAAUGUAAGCUCUACAGUUGAAGAAUCAUUUAUAGAGCACCUAAACAAUAAAAGGUCUGAAACUACUCAAACAAAAAAGCAAAUAAGAAAGAAGUUAAAAAUUGCACCUGGUUUGAGCUAUGCCCAUGAAGGAGACAGUUCAGAUAUUGAUGAACCUGAACCAAAUAACAAUGAAGAUGUGGGGCAAAACUUAGCUGUAGAAGAUGAUCUAGACAUAUUCUGCCCAGUAAGUGAAAAUGGCAAGUAUUCAAUCAAUGAUUUUGUGAUUUUUAAAUAUGAUGAAACUUUGUACCCUGGUCGCAUAAUAAAUACAACAGAAAAUGGUGCUUUUAUUCAGUCCAUGGAAAAAUCUAAAAAAUAUUAUAGAUGGCCAGUUAAAACUGACGAGAUGUUUUAUAGUUGGAUACAUAUAAUGAUGAAAAUAAAUCCACCAACACUCAUCAGAAGAGGCUAUUUUAAAGUAAAUGAACUUGAAGAGUACACAGAAUAA